GGGAAGAAUAGGGAGGAAAUAUUGAGACAGGAAGAGAACUGUUGAGUUAGUCGAGGUGACAGGCGGAGUGGGGAGGCCUCUGCCUCUUAUACCCCAUCAUUGACCUCCUGGCUGCCUCUAGCACAUAACCACGCCUCGAUAUAACACCAUAGUGUCAUCAACAGUGGCAAGGAUAGCAUAUAUAUAGAGAGAGAAGCUCCCUGCAGGGGUGCUACUUGUCAUAAUGAACAUUGAUGUAUCUGUUAUUAUACCAGUUCAUAAUGCUGCUCCAUGGCUUGAGGAAUGUUUGUCAUCUGUGUUGGAGCAGCAGCACACACUCACUGUAGAAGUGUCCUUGUUCCUGGACUCGUGCUCGGACACUUCUGAGGACAUUGUGCGAGACUGGUUUACUAAGUUUGAAGAUCAAGGAUAUGUUAUUACUCUUGGCAAGGAAAAUAAUGAAAAACCCAAGGGAGUUGGAUAUGCUAAGAAUAAGGCUGUUCAACAAAGCCGUGGCAAGUUCCUCUGCUUUCUUGAUUCGGAUGAUGUUAUGUUACCAACACGAUUACAAAAGCAGUAUGAGAUUGCAUUUCAUAAUCGUGAUGCUAUUGUUGGAAGCAGAUUUAGACGCGAGCCUCCAGACUCAACUUCACGUUACACCAAGUGGGCAAAUGGCUUGACUGCUGCACAGCUUACUCAACAAAUAUAUACAUCAAAUGGCCCAACAGUUAUCAUGCCAACGUGGUUUAUCCAUCGCUCUGUAUUUGACAGAGUUGAAGGAUUUAGUGAAGCAGGAGCAGGAACUCCAGAAGAUCUUAUUUUCUUCUUUACCCAUUUGCAAAAAGGAGGUCAAGUGAUACGCCAUGAUGAAGAACUUCUUAUAUAUAGAUACCAUCCUAAAGCAGUAACAUUUUCAAUUCACGAGCAAACUAUUUGGGAUUUAAGAGUAAAAGAAAUAGAAGAACGAGUGCUACGUUCCUGGCAAUCUUUUACAAUAUGGAAUGCUGGAAAGCAGGGACGCAAGUUCUAUAGAUCUCUCUUGGCAGAUAGUCAAAAAAAGGUGACUGCGUUUUGUGAUGUGGAUGUCAAUAAGAUAGGGUCAUUUUACACAUAUGAAGAGUCUUGGCAAAAGUUGAAACCAAAAGUACCAAUUAUUCACUUCAAAGAAGCUAAACCACCAUUAAUAAUCUGCAUGAAAAUGGAGCUGACAAAUGGUGUGUUUGAGGAGAAUCUGGCUUCACUGCAGCUCAGGGAGGGAACAGAUUAUUUCCAUUUCAACUAACUACGUAAUGGUAUUACAAAAUAUAAUAAAAGGUAUUAACAACA